AUGGACGCCAACACCAUCUCUGACUUGAUGCCAUCCGACAACCGUAUCCGCGAAAUCCCACAUUCAAUGUCAUUCAAGCUCAAUCUGUCACAACAAAACAUCAACUCUCAGACACUUGCCAGCUCAUCGUCAAGUGUGUCGUCCUCCUUGUUGCCAACAUCGUGUCUCGACAUUUUCCAAGCAUCUCGACACGAUUCACAGCAACUCAAGCAAAAAGAGUCGUUGGAUCGAAUCACCCUACUGAAAAGUCGUCGUAGCUAUAACCGUCCUCUCUUUGGUUGGGAUUUGGUCAAUACCGUCACUAUCCAAGAUCCCGUACAAGACAUUCAUGCCAUUGCAGCCGAUCCAUCACGUUACUUUGACUAUCCCAACAAACUGUUGGAAAUGAUCCUCACACCAGUACAACGUAGCAACAAAUUACAAUCAGUCAUUGAAAACUUUACCUUUCUCAUUCCAAAAACAACAAGUUCCCCUAUUCAAUUGAUAGAAUCUCAUCCAAACCCUUCAAAACUAUUAUCUCGUUCACUUUAUCAAUCAAAUUUAAUUCAAUUAAUUCAACAAAAGUAUAAGACUGAAAAGGGUGUUGGAGGAAUAGAUCAAUCAACCAAUACUUUUGACAUUAUACAACAAGAAGAUCCAUUUACAUCAUUAUACGAUUCAUACAAGAGAAUGAAAUUAUUCUUCCCAGACAAAAGACUUGUUCAAUAUGAUUGUGGUAAACUACAGAAAUUGGCAGAACUAUUGCGAGAGUUGAAAAAGGGUGGUCAUCGUGCCCUCAUCUUUACGCAAAUGACGAAAAUGUUGGAUGUCUUUGAAGGUUUCCUCAACUUGCAUGGAUACACGUACGUGCGUCUCGAUGGUUCGACCAAGGUGGAACGUCGUCAACUUUUGACGGAACGAUUCAACAAGGACAACCGUAUCUUUUUGUUUAUCCUCUCUACUAGAAGUGGAGGGUUGGGUCUCAAUCUGACAGGUGCCGAUACCGUCAUUUUCUACGAUACCGAUUGGAAUCCCUCCAUGGAUGCUCAAGCUCAAGAUAGAUGUCAUCGUAUUGGUCAAACCCGUGAAGUACACAUCUAUCGUCUCAUCACUCAACACACCAUCGAAGAAAACAUUCUCAAGAAAUCAAAUCAAAAACGUCAACUCGAUGAUAUGGUUAUUCAAGGUGGCGAAUUCACUACAGACUUUUUCAAAAAUAUUGAUUUAACUCAAAUGAUUGCAAAUGAUAGUAAUAAUAAUAAUAGUGGUAGUAAACAACAAACCAAUAGUUCACCAGUAUUGGGUAAAAUUUCUCAAACUGAAUGGGAAAAUGCAGCUGAAAAUGUUGAAGAUGAAGCUGAUGUUUCUGCUCUAAAGAAUGCUCAAAAAGAACAAGCUAUGGAAAUGCAAGAGUUUGAUGAAUUGGAUCGUACAAGUACCUCUUUAUCAACUACUCCUCCUAUUGAAGAUGAAAUUAAAGCUCAACAAGAUUUAGUUGAAGAAUAUUUAAAUCCAAUUCAAAGAUUUGCAUUAAAAUAUAUUGAAAAUAUGGAUACAUUUAUUGUUGAAGAUGAUGGAAAAGCUAAAAAGGAAAAGGAUGAAGAAGAAUCUGAUGGUCAAUCUGAUUCAGAUUCAGAUUCAGACUCUGACUCUGAAGAAUCUGAUGAAUCUGAAGAAGAAGAAGAAGAAGAAUCUGAAAACAACAAAGAUAAUGAAAAUCAAAGUGACGACGAUGAUGAUAUAUUAAUGGGUGAAGAAAAAAAGAAUAGUGAAAAUAAUAAUAGCAACAACAAGAAUAACAAGAAUUCUAGCACCACCAAUCAAAAUAGUAGUAAUCCAGUAGAAAAUGGAAAAGUGAAUCAAAUGACCAAUGGUAAAGAAAAUGGUCAUCUAUAUACAAUGUACAGUGAUAUUAAUCAAAAAGAUCAAACAACAACAACAACAAAGAAAUUAUUAAUUAAUCAAUUAAAUAAUUCUCUAUCAAUUGAAGAACAAGCAGAUAAAGAUUUGCUUUUUUUUGAGUUAAGUGGAAUAAGUAAUGUAGAGUUUCAAUCCUCUCUUUUACUCUAUGGCGAAUUUUUCGAAACAUUACCUGAUCCAGAAGAAAAGGAAGAAUGGUUUUUGGCACCAAUGCAAGAACCGUUUCCCGAGAAUCUCUUGGAACAAGUCCUAAAGGAUCAGGACGAAUACUAUCAUCAGCACCAUCACUACUUAUAUCCACCAUCACCACCAACCAUUUCAUUUGAGUCCAUUGCCAAGCCAAUGCGAUCAAAGUUGAAGAGGGGGAAAAUUAUCAAACAAACAGCUCAACAAUACAUCUACAACAAACAAUUUACAAAGGAAAAGGAAAAAGAAAAGAGACUACUCAUCAAAAAGAAAAAGGAAAAGGACAAAAAAGAAAAGCUGCGUCUCGAGGAGGAACGCAAAGCAAAGGAGAAAAAGGAGCUCAAAACCAAAAAGUCAGAGGCUCAAGCCAAGAAACUCGACGACAAGAUGCGCAACAAAAAGAAUGGUGGCCCACCGGGAACCGAGAAAAAGAUUAUGCGUCCCGACGACAUUAUCAUGACGAGCGGACAACAAUCCGACGAGUUUGAAGAGUUGGCUGAAAGCGUAGAGUCAAUGUUGAACCGUGGUGCCAAUGACGGUAGCUGCGACGAUGACUCGUCCAAGAAACGCUCGAAAAACAGUUCUGGCCAAGGUCUGUUUGGGAGCAGAUCCGCCCUUCGAAAAUCACGCGAUGGCGGAGACGCUCAAUCGCAUCUCGAAGGCGGUGCUACGGCUGACCCAGGUCCUACCUGGUUGCCGUACGAGGAUGCUGCCCUGCUUGACGCAAUCCGCACAUUUGGUACCAACAACUGGGACCUCAUUGCCACGCUGCUCCAAAACAACAUCAACGAGCGUGUGCUUCGAUACCGUCGUACCAAGUCGCAGUGUGCCGAGCGAUACAAACAACUUGCACCCAAGGAACUCGAAAAGAAGCAUCAUCCCCAGACUGGAGCGACCGACACCAACUCGAGUGCUGGUGCUGCUACUGCUGCUAUCGAGAGUACACCGUUUCCCUACUCUCUGUUGGAUCACGUCAAAAAGGCAAUUGCACAAAACAAGCUUAUAUGUCGUCCAGGAACCGUCUCGCUCAUUGAAAACAAGAUCCCAGUUCACCAAUCACACAGUGCUAGUAUUAUGGCUGCAAACCUUCAUCCCACGUGCUCGACCGCCUCGGAACUGUCCAUUCUCACCACCACCAGAUGCAUCAAGGAAAGAUUGGCUGCCAAACAACAACUACAACAACAACAAUUACAACAACAACAACAAAGAAGUCAACAACAACAAAUUGUAAUGAGACCUAAUCAAGGUCAAGUAGGUCAAGUAGGACAACAGCAACAAGGUCAGGGUCAGGGUCAGGGUCAGGGUCAGGGUCAAGGUCAAGGUCAAGGUCAUGUACAGGUACAAGGUCAAGGACAACCAAUCCCAAAUAUUCAACAAUUACCAAAUCAACAACAACAACAACAAGGACAACAACAAGGACAACAAGGACAACAACAAUUGCAAUUACCUCAACAACAAGAUUCAUCAAUGAAUGUUCAAUUUAAUCAACCGAAUCCAACAUCAUCUAUUGGUGCACCUAUAGCAGUUCAAUCUAUACCAAUUCCAAUACCACCACAACAAUUACAACAAAUACAACAACAGAGAGCAAAUCAACAACAACAACAACAACAACAAUUGCAACAACAACAACAACAAAUGAAUGCUCCAACACCUAUAGUUGGAAAACCAAUACCAGGACUUUAUGUACAGCCAAUGAAUCCAUCUACUAAUGCAACUAUUACAUCGAGUACAUCCUCUUCUUCCAACUUGGCUCCUCCAACGACUACUGCCACGACAAUUCCACCAAUCAAAGUACAACAACCACCACCACCAUCUACUCCAACACAAGCUCCACCGCCCACAUCCUCCAAAACACCAUCACCUCCACCUGCUGCUAAAAAACCUCCAAAAUCAACACCGAAAAGAGCAAAAAAGGAAGCGACUCCAAAAACAAAAAAAGAAAAAUAA